GACAGCUGUUGUUGCGCAGUAGCAGCUGCCUUGUUUCCUUCUGCACUCCUCUCUGCUGGGCUCUAUAUCGAACCGCGCUCUGCUUUGCUGUCUCCUGGGUAUCCCGGUCGUUAUUUUGUAUUUCCCAUCUGUAUUUUCCAUUAUUUGUUGGUCUGUUGUUACAUCGGCACACACGUGGGCGUGAGGUAUCGACACGAUGCUAUACACAGCGCUGCUUCCCAAGUCGUGCUUUCGCGUAAGCCUGACACAGGGCCAACGAGGAAAAGCAGCCGCGGCGUGGGAUCAAAACCAUGUACCAGCAGCUCCAGGACUGCUGCCCGUUGCUGACGGAUCCAAAGAGGGCGUACUACACACCCUCAUGGGUCGUGCCCCACGGCGACCUUGCAGACCAUAUUCCUGUACACCCAGCACUUCAAGCCUGCAGGGUGUGCUGUCGAGUUCGAGCGCGAGGUGUUCACGUUCUCAGAUGGCGGUGUGGCCGCAGUUGACUGGGCGCUGCCGCGGCUGGAUACGUCAGAGACCUACGCCGCUGGUGCUGCUGGUUCCGGGGAUUGCCGGGUGCAGCUUCGACUACUACUCGCGGUCGUUCAUCCAGGAAAUCCAGCGGGCACCGUACGGAUAUCAGGUGGCUGUGCUGCAGAGCCGCGGCGUCAACGGCGUUGACUUGGUUACGCCGAAGAUGUUCCAUGGCGGACUGACGGACGAUAUCCGCGAGUACGUCAGUUACCUGGUGCAGGAGCAUCCCGAUACGCCUAUUAUUGGCAUAGGAUUCUCGUUGGGGGCCAACAUGUUGACCAAGUACGUCGGCGAGGAGGGUGCAAGCUGCAGGCUGGUGGCAGCUGUGUCGGUGUGCAAUCCGUUCGAUAUCGACACAACAAUUUCUAAAAUGUGCGAGCCGACAAUCAAAAACCGCUAUCUGUACGCAAGCUCUUUGCUUGCGUCGCUCAAGGGGCUCUUCAACGCGAACGAGAAGGUCAUUGCUGCAGGAAAUGCAGAGAUCGACCCUGAAGCAAUCAACGCAGGCCAAGAACAUCAACGACUUCAACGAGGAGUUUACCGCCAAGGCGUUUGGGUACAGGUCAGCCAAGGAGCUCAACGAGCAGGGCAGCUGCGUGCCGUACCUGAAGAAUAUUGCAGUGCCGAUGCUGUUUAUGAAUGCCUCUCGACGACCCCAUGUGCUACAGGUGCACGAUUCCGUUCGACGAAAUAGAGAGCAACCCGAACCUGGUGCUGGCGUGCACGCGUUACGGCGGCCAUCUAGCAUACUUCGAAACCACUAGCCUGACGCCCUGGCUACCCAAGCCGCUGGCGCAGUACGCAAAGGCAAUGCUCGAAUGGAAGUAGAUCCGCGUUAUCCUCCUUCCACCUCUAGCUGUUAUAAUUAAAAUGAUCCUGGAUGUGAUACCGAAGACGCUUGAAAGGUUCGGGGAGCCUCACAUGGCAAGCUCGCCGAGCCAGCCGCCCUGGAAGAAAAGCAUGGGCGCAACUUUAGCCGGCUACCCUAUCCCGCCUCUAUUUAAGUAGACAAUUUGCGGAUAUUGCCGCCUGUAGCCAGGCUCUUCCAAAGCCGGUCCGCAGAAUA